GCGAGUAGCUAUUUUUACAUUAAGUGACUGUCGCCUUCUACUUUCAAGCAACACAAUAUGUCGGACGAGGGUAAAUUGUUCAUCGGAGGUCUGAGCUUCGAGACCAACGAGGAGUCUCUGGAAAAAGCAUUCAGCAAAUAUGGAACUAUUGAGAAAGUGGAUGUGAUCAGAGACAAAGAGACCGGAAGGUCCCGUGGCUUCGGCUUCGUGAAAUACGAUAAUGCAGAUGACGCAAAGGAUGCGCUGGAAGCCAUGAACGGCAAGACUCUGGAUGGCCGCGCUAUUCGUGUGGACGAGGCGGGGAAAGGUGGACGUUCCAGAGGCGGAUUCAGCUCGUGCCCACGCGGUGGAAGAUUUAGUGGAUCUAGAGGAAGAGGUGGGCGUGGCUACUCCAGAGGUAAGACCUGGAGUCUGCAUGUUGUGCAUUAUUCUAGUUCAUGUCAAUUAACAUGGUUUCUUUCUUUAGGUGGUGGAGGAUACAGCGGAGACAGGGGAUAUGGUGACAGAAGUUAUGGCGACAGGAGCUUUGGAAACCAGGAGAGGAGCUUUGGGAGUGGCUACAGGAGUGGCGGAUACUCAUCAGGAGGCGGCGGCUACAGAGACAAUAGGGGACAGGGUGGAUAUAAUGACCGCUCUGGAUCCUACCGUGAUGGAUAUGACAGCUAUGCUGCAGAGUAAACAUCUCCCUGAUUCAAGAUCAUCACUUGGCUGGCUGUAUUUCAAAGAUGCGCUCCUCAAGAAAAAUGUCCACGUGUUAUUGUUGACUUUAGUUUUGUAGUUUUGUUGUAGUAGCUCAAGCAUCUUAAGGUGUAGCCAUGAGACUUGGUCAUUCCUUAACCAUGUUACAAAUUAGUUCACAGCUGCUUCAUUGGGCAUCUUUAUUCCUCAAAAGGAUCGUGUAUAAACUAAAAGGCAUCUGUAAUCGGCUUGUAAGUCCCAAUUUGGGGAUCAAAUCUGUCCAUGGGUUUUCUUUAAAACGGCUACUACUUUGCUGUAGAUGGCAUCAGCACGUUCAAGUGUUGCCCAAUUUCCUUAGUUUUUUUUUUUUUUUUUUUUGUUAAGUGUAUUGAAGUGACUGGGGCUUUUUUUUUUAUAUUCAGUCUUCACGGCUGACCUACCUCCUGCCAGAUUUUAAACUAAGUGAGGAAGAGAUCCAGUUACUCUUAAAAAAAAAAAAAAACAGACCUUUGAGGGAUUUUAUGCUAAAUUCCUUUUACUAUUAAACUUAACAGCUGAGGCUCCUGUAUGUGCAAUUUCCCAAAAGAGUGAAUUCCUUUCAGACUGGUGAACUACACAUCCGAAGUGGCCGGCUGUUCAUGAAGUUGCAAAUUGCAGCAUGCUACAGUCUGUCCAAGGUAUCUUCUGUGCUCUGCUCAACAUCUGCAUUUUAAAUGUGCUGUAAAAUGGACUAAUCUUGUUUAAGUGAUCGAAAAAUGUAACUUCGUUUCCCCAAAGUAAUCUCCACCGGGAACAGUUUUGUACUUUAUGUUCUUUGUAUGACCAACUUUAUUUUCUUUGUCAGUUUGGCUUCAUGGAGCCUAUUAAACAGAAUGUGUGGAAAAUAA